AAGCAAGGGCGCACGCCCAGCUCGCGCGGUUCCUCUCGGCCCCGGAUGUGACUGUUUGGCUGAGGCGCCUCCCCCCACUACGCUAGAUGGGAUUGGGCGCCCACGGGUGAGGUCAUCACCAGGCGCCUAGGAGAGAAGCUGGAAGCGCAGAGUCACCUGAGCCAUUAUGGCAGUCAAGUGGACUGGUGGACAUUUUUCUCCUGUUCUCUGCCUGAAUGCAAGUCAAGAAGGGCUAGUGGCUUCUGGAGCAGAAGGUGGAGAUCUCAUGGUUUGGGGUGAAGAUGGGACUCCAUUAGGACACACACGCUUCCAAGGGGCAGACGAUGUUACCAGUGUCUUAUUCGCUCCCUCCUGCCCCACCAAGCUCUAUGCCUCGCAUGGAGAAACCAUUAGCAUACUGGAUGUCAGGUCUCUCAAAGGAUCCUUGGACGAUUUUCAUGCGAAUGAAGAAGAAAUCAACUGUGUUUCACUGAAUGAAACUGAAAACCUUCUGGCUUCUGCUGAUGACUCCGGAACAAUCAAAAUCCUAGACUUGGAAAAUAAGAAAGUUAGCAGAUCACUGAAGAGACAUUCCAAUAUCUGUUCUUCUGUAGCUUUUCGGCCUCAAAGACCUCAGAGCCUGGUGUCAUGUGGACUGGAUAUGCAGGUGAUGCUGUGGAACCUUCAGAAAGCCCGGCCACUCUGGAUUACAAAUUUGCAGGAGGAUGAUACAGAAGAAAUGGAAGACCCACAAUCACCUGGUCAGCUUCUAAACCCUGCCCUAGCCCACUCUGUGUCUGUGGCAUCAUGUGGCAAUAUUUUUAGUUGUGGUGCAGAAGAUGGUAAGAUUCGAAUCUUUAGGGUGAUGGGAGUCAAGUGUGAACAGGAACUGGGAUUUAAGGGCCACACCUUAGGGGUAUCCCAUGUCUGCUUUCUGCCAGAAUCCUAUUUGCUGCUUACUGGAGGGAAUGAUGGGAAGAUAAUGUUGUGGGAUGUAAGCAGUGAAGUUGAGAAAAAACAGAAGAGUCCUAUAAAACAUACCCACAAGAAGAAAACCAAAAGGGCAGCUUAUACCAAGCAGGGUGGAAACACUCAUGCUUCAGCAGCAGGUGAAGACGAACAUGGCAAAAUUUUACCAAAGUUAAGUAUUGAACAUGGAGAAAAAGUGAACUGGCUCUUGAGUACAAAAAUAAAGGGAUACCAAAAUAUAUUGGUAGCUGAUCAAACUAAUUGUAUAUCUGUAUAUCCUUUAAAAGAAUUUUAAAUCCAAUAAAACAUUUGAAAAACUGCAGAACUUUUUAUGGGUUAAAAAAAAUCCUGAUUCUUUGUUUGGACUAUUUGUCAUAUGUGGAAAUAAUACCAUUCCAUCAUAUAAAUUUUAAAACAUUUGAGCAAAAGGAGAUAAUUGGGUAACACUUGUUAUAGUAAAUGACAUAUUAAAAUUUGGAGAA